AUUUAUUAAGCUUUAUAAAUGAUAACUCCUUAAGAAUAACUUGAUAUUAGUAAGAUAACCUUUAAAAUUAGUCAUAAAAAAGAUUAAGUCAUUUUUAAAUUCAAAAUCACAAACUACAAUUAGAACUUUAGGAAAAACAUUCAGAGGCUUCGAAUCCUUCGAUCAAAAAUGUAGAAUUGACAAGGAUGAGUUUCUGAUUGGAUUAAAAUAAAAUGGUGUCGUAUUGACUAAGUUUUAAACAGAUGUAAAUAUGAAUUUAACUUUAGUUUCUAUUGAAUUAUCUUGACAGAAACAGAGAUGGAUCAAUUGAUGUAGCUGAGUUUCUUUAUUUAAUUAGAGUAAUAAUAAUAAUCUUAUUAUGUAGGGAUCGCCAAAUGAAAAUAGAUUAGAAGUUAUUGUUUAAGCAUUCAGAAAGUUUGAUAAAGAAAAUUUAGGAUUUAUAGUUGCAGAUGAUUUCAAAGGAAUAUUUAAUGCAAAAAAUCAUCCUAAAGUAACAAGAGGAGAAUUGACAGAAGAUCAAGCAUAUAUAGAGUUUUUACAAUAUUUCAAAGAAGGAAAUAAGUCAGGCCAUAUUUCAUUGAAUGUAUUGCAUAUUUAUAAUAACCUUUAGGAAUGGAAAGAAUACUACGCUGCAGUUAGUGCUGAUAUUGAAUCUGAUGAGAACUUUAUUGCUUUAAUAAAAGAAACCUGGAGAUUAAAAUGAAUGAAAUUUAAUAAAUAAG